ACAAGAAAGCAUUUGACUGAUUUUGAUUGACGGUUUUACACUGGAAGAGCCAAAGCGGAAGUGCUUUGUCAACUUCCUCCCGCUUGCUUGUCGGGUUGGCGCCGAUAUCCAUUCGCAGCCAGGCUGCCUCACAGUGCGUCGCUCGCGGGGAUGGAGGACGAACUAGCGGGCCCGUGAAGAAGGCGUAUGCGGCUGGAGUGGAAGGACAUCGGGCGACGAAGUGCGGAGGGGACGUUCGAGCCCGAAUAAGAGCGCAUCACGAAGCAGCAUUGUUUCCGCCAGCCGUCGUCGUCAUGACACCAGUCCCGCACUGAGCCUUUGGCAAUGGAUUUGGAACUAGGAAGCACACUAAUUCCUCGCGGCUCAUGAAAGUGACUCGCCUGUACGUCAACAAUGCUACCAUGACCAAGCACACCGGUGUGCCUCUCCUCGGUGGGUUGGCAUGGCCCAGUGAUGAACGGAGCGGCGGUGUCCGGUAGCCCGGAACUCUCCUCCUCAUGCCCGCUGCCCGACUGGCGAGAGUUCUGCGAACUCCACGCCCGAGCCUCGGCUGCAGACUUCGCUGACAAAUUCCAGCGCUUCCUGUCAGAAAACCCGUGCUACGACUCACCCGGCGCUGACACCAGCUUCUCGCAACACUUUGCCCAACACUUCCUGGAGUGUUUCUCGGCUGUUCUGAGCCAGGCCAGGGAAAACCGGGCAUCCUCGCCGGGGGGGGGCGGCUUCCACGUCGCGCCCAAGUACAGCAUCGUUCCUUUCCUGGGGAUACAGGGCUGUCCCUUGUCCUACAGCCACGAGCUCUACCAGAGACGCAAGGACGCCGGGGCUUCCAGCGAAUCUCUGGACAGCAUGGACAGCGGAGGGGGCGGGAUAGAGGGCGGCGGAGGCAGCACCGCGGCCGGUGCCCGCGGCCCUCAGCCCACACACAAGGUGUCCGCCCUAGGUCAGUCCCGGAGUUCCGAGGACGUGUCGGUGAGCCACCCAAAAGCUCGGUUCAAGAAGGGCUUCUCGCUGAGGAACAUGAGCCUGUGCGUAGUGGAUGGGGUGAAGGAGAUGUGGCAUCGCCGCGCUUCCCCCGAGCCAGACGGUCCCUCCGCAGCCAGGAAGUCUAACGGGACUGGAGGAGGAGGAGGAGGAUCUGCUGGAGGUGAGACGACGACUGCAGCGGUGGGAGAGAAGUGGUCCCAAAAGCUGCGACUACCCAGAGGCUCCCAGGGGCACAAGGCCGAAAUGGUGGAGAUCCAGAGGGAAGGGGCACUCAGGUUCAUGGUGGCCGACGACACCAACUGCAUGGGCGCCGCGCAGUGGCAGAAGUGCCGCCUGCUGCUGAGGAAGAGCAAGAGGGACGAAGGGCCCGAGAGAUUCUUGCUGGAGUUCUACGUGCCGCCGAAGUCUUCAAAAGCAAAGGUGAGCAUCCCCUUGACUGCCAUUGUUGAGGUGAGGACCACCAUGCCUCUGGAGAUGCCUGACAAAGACAAUACUUUUGUCUUAAAGGUGGAGAAUGGGGGCGAAUACAUCCUGGAAACGAUCGACUCGCUGCAGAAAAACUCCUGGGUCGCUGACAUCCAGGACUGCAUAGACCCCGGGGACAGCGGCGACGACAUCGAGCUGGCGUCGUGUCCUCACGGUCAGGCCUCAGCCAAAAACUGCUCCAUGGUGGCCUCCUGCAGCUGCGAGCUGCUCUCUGAGGGUGUGUACCGAGCUCCGGAGAGGUUAUGUGCAGCAGCGGCAGAGCAUUACAGUGCCCCCUCAGUGCGUUGCAGGGAACCCCCCUUCACCCAGCAUCCAUCCCACAUGCCUUUAGAGCGCUUCCUUCAGUCCCCAGAAGCUCAGCAGGCAGCAGGUGGCGGCGAGGGAUUGAAGGACUCUGAAGGCGACACAAGCCUUGCCGAUUACCCAUGGUUCCACGGGACGCUAUCACGCGUCCGGGCGGCUCAGCUGGUACUGGCGGGCGGGGCCAGGAGCCACGGGCUCUUUGUGAUCCGCCAAAGUGAGACACGGCCCGGCGAGUAUGUUCUCACCUUCAAUUUUCAGGGCAAAGCCAAGCACCUACGUUUGUCGGUCAACGACAACGGGCAGUGCCACGUCCACCAUUUGUGGUUCCACACCGUGUCAGACAUGCUGAGACACUUCCACGCUCACCCCAUCCCGCUGGAGUCCGGGGGCUCGGCAGACAUCACGCUACGCUCCUACGUUCAAGUGCAGAGGAGCGCCACCGCAGACGUGAGCGUGCCUCCGCUCGUCACCCCGCCCAGGGGAGAUGCAAGCUGCCGCCCAGACUCCGCCCAGCCGGCUCUUCACCCUCCCGGGAUCUCGCCCUCCUCCGGGCCGCCCGCCGACGCCCCCCUCUCCUCGAGUACCUCCUCCUCACCCACCGCCCUGCCCUCCCUCUCCCGCAGCGACCCGGGCACCGGCGGGGGCUUACAGAGCCGCAGCAACAGCUCGGAGCGCCUGCUGGAGGCCUCGAGCGGCACGUCCGAGGACUACCACGACGCUGACGGGACCCGACGGGCCCGAGCCGUGGAGAACCAGUACUCUUUCUACUGAGCGAACCCGAGGCCUGGCUUUGCUCACAGGUGGGAUGAUAGGCAGGCGGCGACGACGACGAAAAUGCUCCAAACCCGCCGCUUUGUUUGUUUGUGUUUCAACUGCAAUUUCCUGUUUUUCUUGAUUUGAGAGGGGCGGUGACUCCACCGAGCUGUGCAGCUGUGUUUCGCACCGUCUAAGUGUUAAGAGGCGUGACAAAGGGCUACAUGUAGAGGACACUCACAGAGGGGCCUGGAUGAAGGAAGUAAGAGCAGCGAGGAUGUGUGUAGGCAGAAAGAGUAACAGGAAGUCACCCCCCUAGACUCAUAUGGCUUUGAUUCAGCUCAUCUGACCACUUCCUCCUUGACACCCGACUUUGAAAUGAGCCCAAAGUGAGGCUCCAGUUCAUGUUUGGAAAGCUGCUUUGAGUCCAUCCCGGGAAUCUUCCAGGUUUCCCCCGAGGAGUCUAAGCUCGGAGUCUGCUGCGCACAUACAGUCUGAGUCUGAUCAACAAAAAAAGAACGGGUGCCAUGAAAGGCUUAUGCUGCAUUUGAGAAAACAGGGAAGUUGGAUGUUUUUGAGCUGGGUUUUUUUCUAUGUAUUGUCUAAAGCGAGCUACACACAUACUGUAUCAAUUUUUAACAUCUUGAGCAAUUUAAAAAAUGUCAGCGACCCCACACAUGGUGGGCAAAAAAAUGGGAAGCACGGUGUACGAGUGGUUAGCUCAUCUGCCCCACAGCUCUGAGGUUCGGCAUCCCAUAAUGUUUCUGGGAUUUUUUUUUUUUUUAAUGUUGCAUAGUACUUACUGUAUUGAGCAAAAGUCUCUAUUUUCAUCACAGGUAAGAGUACUGUUACUUAAGAAUAAUAUGACUCAAGUAAAAGUAAAAAAAGUAAUCCCCCAAAUAAUUAAGUAGUCAGUGAAAAAAACUAAGUACUGCACAACUCGUGAGUGAGUAACUUCUGAUUAUUUUUCAAAUCAAAGCAUGAAAGUCAAAUAGACAAACAUUUAAAAUAGAAAUGUGUAAAUUCUGGUAUUGCCAAAAGUAUCACUUUAACUAAAACAAUAAUAAUAAGUGCUUGUUUACACAACUAUAAAAAGCACCUGGUGUCUAUUUGGGGUGACGCAUUUAUGAGGCGGGAGGGCUUCAUUUGUACAAUGCAUUUUUAUUAAUUAAUAUAUAUUAUAUGUUAUAAUGAGAUAUAUAUUUUUGUAUUUAGAUAGAAGAGAUAAUAAGAUGUAAUAUAUAUUCCAAAAAUAUUUGUAUCAUUAAAAAAAAAAAAGUUUUUUUUAAAUCUCUCUCUCUCUCUCUAUAUAUAUAUAUAUAGAAUUCAACUGGAUGAAAAAAUACAGUAGUUGGUAUUUGCUCUUCAUGCAUGUGACCAUGAUUCUUGGUGAAAUCAGGUUACGUCGACUACAAACUCGAUUUCAGGUGGCGUUCUGUCACCCUUUUCCUUGUCGGAGGUGCGAAAUGUCCAGCUUCCCCAUUUUCGGGAAUGCAGCAAGCAAAAUGAUGAAACGAAAUGCUCCCAAACUUGCAUGCAUUUCUCCACAUCAUCAAUGCAGAAGUGGUAUCAUAUGAGUCAGGGUGGCUUCUAUUUUGCUGUCACACUAGCUUAUAUCUGUGUGUGUGUGUGUGUGUGUGUGUGUGUAUUGGAGUAUUUUUGGAUGAUCGCUGUUCUACAGUAGUGUUUCUAAAACAAGGUUGUUGUUUUUUUUUGUGGUGCAAGCUCAUCAUAUGGGUAAAUUGUAGAUUAUAUAUGCUAUAUGUUUUAAUAUACUGAACAAAAAUAGAAACGCAACACUCGUUUUUCAUGAACUGAACUUAAAGAGCUAAGCCUUUUUCUAAGUACACAAAGCACUUUCUCUCAAAUAUGGUUCACAAAUCUGUCAAACUCUGGCUCAUGGAGCACUUCUCCUUUGCCAAGAUAAUCCAUCCACCUCACAGGUGUGGCAUAGCAAGAUGCUGGCUAGACAUGAUUAUUGCACGGUUGUCCCUUAGGCUACCCACAAUUAAAGGCCACUCUAAAAUGUAUAGUCCUGGUAUUGAUACGCCACACCUGUGAGGUGGAUGGGUUUUCUUGGCAAAGGAGAGGUGCUCACUAACACAUAUUUAUACAGAUUUGUGAAUAAUAUUUGAGAGAAAUAGGCCUUAGUCUUAUAUAUUUGAGUUCAACUCAUGAAAAAUGAAAGCAAAAACAAAUGUUUUGUGUUUCUAUCUUUUUAUUUUAUUUUUCUGCAUACAUUAUGUUCAAAGUCAUGCCUUCAACAUGUCACUGGACCGAAAAAUGGAGGGAAAGAGGAGGAGGGAGGGAGCACAGCAGACUUGUGGGAAAGGAUGGCCACACUUGACUGGACAUAAAUGGCCGCACUGCUUUGCCUUCGGUGGAUAUUAAAAGCAUCAACAAAUAUUGAACAAGCAUUAUUGCCAACAAGAUAUCAGAGAAGCAUUUAAGCCAAAUUUAACACCAUACACGCUAAAGUAGACACAUUUUUGCAAUAUGGUCAACUCUUUUGUUCAGCUGAGUGGAACAUAUCGAUGAGCGAUCGAUGUGUCAAGCGUGGCCAUCUCGCAGAGUUUUCCAGCACAGCCUAGGAGGUUAAUGUGCCAAUUUGAAUCCUAUUUUUGAAACAAAUUUUUUAUUCCUAAACUGCUGUAAAUGAAUUUUUCCUCCCCUAUUGAGUCUUAUCUUUGUGCAAGGGCCCCAUCACACAUAUCACAGACUGCUCAUGCCCUUAACACAGCAAUUUAUUUAGCAAAACAAAAAGCUGAUUUUUUUCUGUUUUCUUGCUUUGUUUUGAAGAGUAUGUUUAGUCUUUGUGCCCUUUUAUUUUCGUAACACUUGGUUUAAAAAAAUAAAAAUAAUAAUUCAAACAGUU